AUGGCUCCCAAGGCUACCAGCAACAAGUACUCGGUCAUUCUCCCGACCUACAAUGAACGCCGCAACCUGCCCAUCAUCACCUGGCUGCUGAAUCGCACCUUUACCGAUGCCAAGCUCGACUGGGAGCUCAUCAUUGUCGACGACGGCUCCCCCGACGGUACGCAGCAGGUGGCCAACCAGCUCGUCAAGGCGUACGCGCCGCACGUCGUCCUCAAGCCGCGCGCGGGCAAGCUAGGCCUCGGCACGGCGUACGUGCACGGUCUCCAGUUCACGACGGGCAACUUUGUCAUCAUCAUGGACGCCGACUUUUCGCACCACCCAAAGUUCAUCCCGCAGAUGAUUGCGCUGCAGAAGACGGCCAACUACGACAUCGUGACUGGCACGCGCUACGCGGGCAACGGCGGCGUGUUUGGCUGGGACCUCAGGCGCAAGUUUGUGAGCCGCGGUGCCAACCUGUUUGCCGACACGGUGCUGCGCCCGGGCGUCAGCGACCUCACGGGGUCGUUUCGCCUUUACAAGAAGAGUGUUCUCGAAAAGGUCAUUUCCAGCACCGAGAGCAAAGGGUACACGUUCCAGAUGGAGAUGAUGGUGCGCGCCAAGGCCAUGGGCUGCACCGUCGCGGAGGUGCCGAUUACGUUUGUUGACCGCCUGUACGGCGAGUCCAAGCUCGGCGGUGAUGAGAUUGUCGAGUACGCCAAGGGUGUGCUGAGCCUGUGGCUCAAGGUUUAA